AUGGAAGAUAUCAUUCAAAAGUCAAAGGAAGCCAUCAAGGCAUUAUUAUCAGCAAAGAAGGAUGAAUCAGCCGAUCAAUUUCCAUUACCAAAUUCAUUAUAUACUGGCAAGGUUGAAGUUUGUAUCUUUGUAGACAAUAACGAAGACGAUAAGAAAAAGUUGGAAUCUACUUUGGAAGAGAAUGCAGAGUUUAAAUCGACUGUCUUGUCACUCAAAUCAAUUAAAGAAUCUGCCAAGCAAUACGAAGACAAACGUAAAUUAAGAGACUCUCACGAUAUUUUCAUUGGUGACAAGGCCAUCAAGACUGCUCUCUACGAUAUUUUAGGAAAAACCUUUUUCAAGCAAGGUACCAAAAACCCAAGAAUGGUAAACACAAAGAAAAAGGUACAAAAAGUUUUAAAUAUUCACAAGACCACUUCAGCCAAGAUUGGACAAGCAAAUUACAGUGUCAAGUUUGGUGGAUCACAACAUACAUUGGAACAAAUGAUUGAAAAUUUACAAGCCGUCUUAAAGACUAUCACCGGUGGUCAAGACGGAAAGGGAAUGGGUGGUGUUUCACAACUCAGCAUCAAGAACCAAAACUCUCCAUCUUUCCCAAUCUACCUCACCCAAACAAAGGCUGUCAAGGAUGCCAUCAUUUCAAAUGCCACCAAGGACAAAAAGGCUGCUGUUGUCGCUGCCGCCGCCGCCGAACCAGUAGAAAAGGUUGUAAAGAAACAAAAGAAUGAUACUGAUAAAAAGACUGUCGUUUCAACUGAUAAGAAGCCAGCUGCUGCUGCAAAGCAAGUUGCUGCUGCUCCAGCUGAAAAGAAAUCAACCACUCCAACAAAGGCUGCUGCUGAAAAGAAGCCAGUUGCUGCUGCCAAGCAAGCUACUGCUGCUGCUCCAGCUGAAAAGAAAUCAACCACCCCAACAAAGGCUGCUGAAAAGAAGCCAGCUGUUGCUGAAAAGAAACCAGUUGUCGCUGCUGAAAAGAAGCCAGUUGCUGUUGUUGCUGAAAAGAAAUCAACUACUCCAACAAAGACUGCUGCUCCAACCAAGAAGUCAGCUCCAGCUCCAGUCGCCGCUGCCACCGAAUCAUCCCCAGCCCCAACCAAAAAGACCACCACCACUGCCGCCCCAACCAAGAAAUCCACAGAAUCAACACCUAAAAAGCCAUCGGCUGCUCCAGCCAAAAAAGGUGUAAAGAGAUCAUUAGAUCAAUAA